CAAAUCAAUCUUCUUCUCCUCUCUAACCCAAUUCACUAGACUUUUGUAACUUGGAAGAUGUUGAAAAGGAAGCUCACGAGUCCCAAGAAAUCUAAUCCGUCGAAGAAGACGAAGAAGAACCCUAAAACCCAAUUUGAUGAUUCUCCACUUGAGGUCGUAGAAACCAAAUCAUGUGACCAACAGGAACGGAAGAACCUUAAGCGUACGGGUCCGAAGAAAUCUAAUCCGUCGAAGAAGAGAAAGCAGACGAAGAAGAACCCUAAAUCCCAAUUUGAUGAUUCUCCGGUUGAGGUCGUAGAAACCAAUGCUUGUGAGCAGCAGGAAACGGUUACAGACAUUGUUGUUGAAGAGGGUCCAUGGAAGAACCUUGAAAUUAUACUUUCGUUGCAGAGCAAAACUUUGGGCGUUAAAAAGAAGGUGGAGUUGGCUUUCAGUUUUGUUAAAGGUUAUGGAGGAGAAAAUGGGACUGACGAGGAUGAAGAAUGUCAAGCGGUUAAGAUAUCGCGGCUGAUUAUAUUUCUCAGCGACUGGAUCCAGUCUCUGUUGAUUACAGAGAAUAAUAUUAAAGUUAAGGUUGAUUUAGAUUCUGAACCAUAUAUGGACUUCAGGUGUUGGGAGAUCUUCAGGUUCUGCUUGAAGCAGUCAUCUAUCUUGGGAGUCUCUUUAAAUUUGUCAAGAAACCUUCUAAAGGCUAUUGGGUUUAUCACGAAAAAUGUUUUAUCUGCACUGGACAUGUCCUUGUCUUCGGAGGUUGACUUCUGGAAUGGUCAUGGUUUUGAAGUUUACAGUAUUGUGAUUGAUUGUCUAGGUUUGUUAUUUUCAUCGAAAAGUGGCAUGUCCAAUGACAAUGUAGACUUGUGGUUUUCAACUGUUGAACCAGUUCUGAAGCUCACACAUAAAGUUCUUGCAGAGAAUAUCAAGGAUAGUCUUGCUUAUAGAUAUGUCCUUCAAUUCUCUUGCUUGGUUCUUGAGCCAUUCUCUAAGUUCUUAAUGACUCAUCCAACUACGAAGAACGGGUUUUCUGAUUUUCUGGACAAGCUUUUUGAGCCAUUUUUGGAUGUGUUGGGUUUAUUAAAUCUCAGCGAGGACAAAAACAAGGAUUUGGAAAUAACUUUGAUGAGGUUGAUUGAAGAAAUAUUAUCUCUGGGUCUGUUUCAUUCAGCUCAUAUGGAUGGGUUCUUAGGCCUGGGCGGAUCGAAAAGGUAUUUACCAGAAUCGAAAGAGAACAAAACUAUUCUGAAAAGCUAUCAUCGGCAUUUUUUUACCAAGUUCAAAAACAUGCUGUUAAUGAAGAAGGAGUUGGAGCUGAGCUGUAUGGGGUCAUUGUUUAGGUUAUUUAUUUACAGAGUGAUGAAACAACAAAGAGAUCCAAAUCAGUUGCAGGAAGGCAUGACGACAAAGGCCUCAAAUGUGGGGCAAGCAGAAGAAAGGCCAUGGAAGCUGCAAGACACAGCGACAAACGAUAAUGUAUCUUCUGCAAAAAGUCAUUACUCAAGUUCCCUCCGCCUGGAGACACGAAAAUCACUUUUUGAGUUCUUCCUGCAUCUUAUGGAACCUAUAUUACUUGAGAUCAAUGGAUAUAAUCAAUCUGGCUCUGAAAUGGCUCCUUUAUUGGCUGAUUUUUGUUGUGCUAUUAAGUCAGCAAAUAGUUUGCUGUUCAACUUUGCUCAUGAGCGAAUAUAUGUGAAGACAGAGGAUGCAUCUGGAGGAGCUUGCUCUUGUUUUUUCAGGACGAUCUUCAAAACAAUAGUUUCAGUUGCUUCUGAAUUAAAAAAUCAUUAUCCAUAUGAUGAUGGGUCAGAGAUGCAUGUUUUGUUAGCCAAGGAGCUAGUAACCGCAAUAGGCUACCUGUUACAUAUUGAAUACGAAAUCAUUGAGAGUGAUUUAGUUACUUUGUGGCUAAUCAUUCUCUCUUUCCUGGAGUUUAGUACUUUGUCACCAGAGAAUUCAGAAGAUGACUGCCCGUUGACUUCAUUGUUACUUGCCCUUGGAUGCCAGCUGAUAAAUUUAUAUAGUGACCUCCGCCAGGUAAGUGUUGCUGUAUUUUCUCUGUGCAAAGCUGUAAGGCUUGUGAUACCUGUUGUGACACCUGCUGAUGGUAAUGAUGAUGAGAUGAUUGAUACCGAAGAGCUCCCACUAUCAACUGUGUUCCCUUUCCCUUUAGAAAGAAGUGAAAAAUCAGUGGAAAAGCUCUUGUCAUCUCAAGCUUUAAGACUUGCUAUACAUGGAGCUAUUAAAGUGAUACCAGAAGGCCAAGCAAGUGGUAGUAUCAAGAGCUUGACUACAGAUGUAUCAAAAACCAUGAAAUGGAUAAAACAAGUUUGUUGUUCAACAGGUGCUACAGAACAAGAUGGACAGGUGGCAGCAUUCUUGGCCGGAUCUUUGUCUGAUAUUUAUUCACUUAUUCUCGACUCACUAACUAUUACAACAGGGAAUAGUAACCUUGUUGGCCAGUCCAUGAAAGAUCUGUUGGAUCUCAUUAGUCCUUGCUUAACCCACCUGGUUUCUUCAGACUCAGAUUGCAUUGAAAAUUUCCUUUCUGCUGUCACCGGAAAAGGUUUGGAAAUUAUGAUGGCUGAAAAGAAGAUAAAGACCUACAGAAAUUCUGUGCGCUUGUUUAUCAUCUUCGUCUUGCGUAUUUACAUGUCUUCCAGAAGCUUAUAUAGGCAGGUGAUUAGUCUUAUGCCUCCGAAAAAAACAAAAGAUAUGGCUGGUAUUAAGGGCGACUCUGUUGCAGCUCGUUGCGGAAGCGAUUGGAUAAAAGAGAAAAGUUGGAAUUAUGAAGGCUAUUUUUCGUGGAUCUCCCAACCUUCUGCUUCCAUUGUUGACACUAUUAAACACAUUUCAGCUAUUUACCUUAAGGAUGACAGUGCAGAUUGCUCCUUGCUGAUAUAUAUAUUGUAUGGAGUCGCUCUUCAGAGACUUGUUGAUUUAAACAGCCACAUAAAAUCACUUGAUUAUGUGUCACAGAUAAGUGAUAAUCAGAUACAUGAUACAAUGCUCAAGCAUGUAUCAGUUCUUAAGCGUGAAGGAGAAGAGCUUACUGAUUUCCUUCUAGGCAACAACAUCAUAUCAGGAAAUGUUGGAACAUUUGAGACGAUAGAAGACACUGACCAGUGGGUUCUGAGGGUUUCCGGCAUCAACGGGAAGUGUUUGCCUACUAUGCGUUUGUGGAUUCUUAGCCAGCAUAUUGAUCUUUGGUGCCCCCAUGCAGGAAAAAAGAAAUUGAAGAAUUUCCUGUCUCAGCUAAUAGGUAGUUCCGUUCCUUGUAUAUUGAACGGAGUGGGUAUGUCUACUCUUGGCUGGGAGAAUAAUGUAGACAAGGGCACUCAAAAGAAGAAAAUAGGGUUGGAACAGUUCUCGUUAGGACUUCUAUUUGAUUCAGUACUGUAUGAGCACGAAUUUGUUCGCAGGUAUUUGGCCCCGAGUUUUUCUCACGUACUGAAAAUGACAGCAGAAACGUUUUUCAAGGAUAUUACUGAAGAAGUAAACUUUGAUUCUCCAUCAGAUUGGUCAGAGGUGUUAAUUUUGCUUGAAAGUUCAAUUGCUAACUUAUCUGGAAAGCUUCAAUCAGAAGCCUUUCUAGAGGCACAUGUGUCACAGCUGGACAAUCGGAAGUUCACAGCUUGUCAAAAUUUGCUAAAUCUUUUAGGUGUGAUGCCCAAGGAGUAUAUGAAUAAGAAGUCAUUCCAACUUUAUGCAAGUUAUGUUCUCGACCUUGAGAGGUUUAUAGUUUUUAGCAUGUUGAGAUGUUUGAACAAGCUGUCUCGGGGUGAUAUGCGAAACCUUUUCAGCCUUUUCAGUACUUGCAGAAAAACUUUGAAAAGUAUUACUAUGAUUUCUUGCGACAAGGUACUAGGAGCUACCAAGUUGCCUUUAUCUGAUAGUUCGUUGUUGGCUUCUUGGCUUUUCAAAUCAGCACAAGCUGUGGUUACUUGUCAAGUGAGAUUUAGGAAUGAUUUUACAGGAAAAGCAAGGAACACCCUCUUUUCUUUGAUGGAUCACACAUCAUAUAUGUUUCUCACCGUAAGUAAAUAUCAAUUCAGCAAGGCACUACCAUUGUCUGAUGAACAACUCAUUUCAUCAGAAAUUUCUGAGGGAACUGGACAAGGGAACCUUAUAAUUGAGAGCUUGACAGAACAGGCAGAAACUCUACUAAAAGCUUUGAGGGGUACCUUCAGAGAUGAGAAAACAGCCUUUAAGUGUGAGAGUCUGAUACUGAACAAGUUAACACCUAUAUUUUCUUGUUUUAGUGGGUUGUUGUGGGGAUUAGCAUCUGCAGUGAGUCACAGAGAUAUGCAGAAGAAUCAUCAGAACGCAAAACUGAGAUGGAAAUCAGAACAGUUCUCAAAGCUUUCCCUCAUUAUCCAUGUGCUUAGCAAUUUUUUUGAGGUUUUUGCACAGUGUAUGUUUCUUAGUGGUGAUGUGCAGCGAGAAAUCCAAACCAAUAUCAACUGGACCAGAUUGCUUGAUGGGACCGAGGGUUUAAAUGGUCUUGUGUGUGGUGACAUAGUAGAGACUAACGAUGUGAAAAAGAAAAUUAUUGAGAGCUUGAUAAAGGGUGAUUCUUCAGAAGUAGUAUUGGCACUCAGGCAUCUGUUAAUUGCUUCUGCUGCUAUUUUAAGGUUAAACCUACAGAUUGAUGGCAUUACCUUCUCACCUACAUUUGUCUCUGUUCUCACGAACAUAUCGAAUGAUCUACUGUCUGUAUUCGCUGACAUGAGCGAGGCACCACUUGAAUUCUCAUUUAUUUGGUUGGAUGGUGCAGUGAAAGUUGUAGAAGAAUUAGGGAGCCAAUUCUGCUUAUCUAAUCCUACAUUAAACAUAGAUCUGUACUCAAAGUUGAUUGAGUUGCACCUGAAGGUGAUUGGGAAAUGCAUAUCACUACAAGGAAAAGAGGCUACCUUGGAAUCUCAUGAGACAGGAUUUGGUACUAAUGCAAUCCAUGCUAAGCUAGUGCUAUCAGAAAAAAACCGGUCUCAUAGAUUGCAUUGGUUGGAUGAAUUAAAACAGAGGCUUAGGAUGUCAUUUAAAGUGUUUAUACAAAGUUCCUCAGAGUUACACUUAUUGUCUGGAGUACAGGCUAUAGAAAGAGCAUUGGUUGGAGUAUGGGAAGUCUGCCCAGCUAUCUAUAGCAUACAGACUGGAAAUAGAGACGGAGGCAGAAUUUCUGAAACUGUUGCUGCUGGUCUUGACUGUCUGGAUCUAAUUCUGGAACAUGCCACAGGUCGCAAACGUUUGAAUGUGGUUAAAAGGCACAUUCAAGGCUUACUGUCUGCAGUGUUUGGUAUAAUGGCUCACAUGCAGAGUCCAUUUAUUUUCUUCACAAAUGCAGUCGUCGGCAACCAGGGUUCCAAUUCUCCGGAUUCUGGGUCAGUCAUUCUCAUGUGUGUCGAAGUCUUAAUAAGAAUAGCAGGGAAACACGCUUUGUUUCGGAUGGAUUCAUCGCACAUAAGCCAAUCCAUACAUAUACCCGGAGCAAUUUUUCUUGAUUACCUCCAGGCAACAAGGGUGGGAUUCUCGGUUUUGGAUGGAAAUUUGUUAUCUAAGGAUGAUCAGCAACAAGAUCUUUUAGGAAGCUCAAAAGAUCUUCAAGUAGACAAGAAAUUCUCAGUGAGUCUGUAUGCUGCUUGCUGCCGACUACUAUAUACAGCUGUUAAGCAUCAUAAGAGUGAAACUGAGGGGUCCAUUGCUACACUCCAAGAAUCUGUUUCUGCGCUUCUUCAUAGUCUGGAGACAGCAGGAAAAAAAUUGGGUAAUUGUGUUUCAUGGGAAGUGGAAGAGGGAAUUAGAUGUGCUUGUUUCCUCCGGAGGAUCUAUGAAGAGCUAAGACAGCAGAAGGAGGUCUUUGGACAGCAUUGUUUUAAGUUCUUGUCAACUUACAUAUGGGUUUCUUCCGGAAAUGGACCUCUUAAGACGGGUCUCGAAAGGGAGGUAGAUGAAGCUUUAAGGCCUGGUGUGUAUGCUCUUAUAGACUCUUGCUCACCUAACGAUCUUCAAUAUCUCCAUACAGUAUUUGGUGAAGGUCCUUGUAGAAACUCUCUAGCAACCCUGCAACAAGACUACAAGUUGAAUUUCAAGUAUGGAGGAAAAGUCUAGAAAAACUUGCAAUUAUUUUUCUACUUCUCAUGUUGCGGGAGACUCUUUGGGGCUGGGGGCAAUGGGAUUUGCUCUCUUUUUGAAGUUGUAAAGUUGGGCAUUCUCUAAGACCAGACAAUGGUCACUUUUGUUCUUAUUGUAUUCCUUCGUGAAAAUACAAUAAAAAUCCAAACCCCAU